AUGGCUGAUGCUCGACGCACCAGACACCACACCCACGAGACAAAUGCACUGAGCUAUGGACAUCUCGGCACUGCCACUUACGAUGAGCAAAGUCAUGACUGGACGUUCUUGCGGCAGCUGCAGGGCGACCAAGAUCCCAGUAGGGGCCAGCGGAGCACAAGUCGGCCUGGCCUGCUACGUUUUCAGCUUGUCGGCGAAAGGACUGUGGAUUGUGCGGCAGAAGUGCCGAGGAGGACUGAUCCAGCCGAACAGCGCUCGAUGAAUGGGUCAAGGUUGCAAAACACUUUCCUCAAAAACGUUGCCGAUGCCGCCCUUGCCUUGACAAGUUCCCCAGCCUCAGCCUCCAGUGCGGAAGUUCAGCGAGGGAAUACGGAGGAGGACGUCUCUUCGGCGAGCUAUCUAGCUAUAGGGCACGCGCGACCUCCAUAUCAGUCUGGCAUGCACAACAACGAUCCGUCUACUGCCGUGGUAGCACUCGCGGCGGAGUCACACCAAAACAUCCUCCGCCUGGUCGGGUUCGAGAAUUGCCAGGUGGCAGUUCUCAACGAGGCGGGUCUGGAGGAUGUCUGCACGCUUCCAUCCAUUACGAAGCGCGUAGUUGGCCACUGGUGCGAAUCGGCAGAUCCAAUAAUACAGGUAUCUUCUGCGAAGCAGGCGAACGGUACACAUUUCCUCGUUGUCAAGCCGGGUGGAACGACGAUACUACGUCCUACGUCAGCUGACUCGACACGAGACCCAUUGGGUUUGCAGUCUACUGAUAUUCCUUCAGAGGUCCUCCUUAACGCAUGUCCCAUUGUUACCAUACCGACGUCCAGGACGGGAGGAAAUCCUCAUGUGCAUGCGGCAUUCAAUCCGCGGGAUCAGAACUCGGUGGCCGUUGUAGACUCAUCUGGCCAGUGGAGUGUCUGGAAGCUGAUAGGCAGGAAAGCAAGGUCUGCCCGGAUACUCUACAAGGUUCACCUGCUAAGCUCAAACAAUCUGGCCACCACUGGCGGUCCGGCUCCUCCUACCACGGACACUUCGCGUGGAGACGGAUGGCAUCGGGUCUGUUGGUUGAUCGGCUCCGAAGCUAGUAGGGAACGUCUUCUAGUCUGCAGUCGGCGUAUGGCUGCAGUCUUUGACCGAGAGGGACAGUUCUUGGGGCGAGUAGACAUGCGUCUAGGACCAACAUCUGAUCGAAACAGGAUUCUUGACAUCAAAAAUAGCCAGCGUCGAGGAGAUCACCUAUUCGUCUUGAGUACCUCACGUCUGAUGGUUUUCAGUUCGAGUACAGGUAGCUGGAAGGAGAGGGAUCCGGUCGAGCCGCUAGAGUUGGUGUGUUCUUGGAAUCACUACCGAGACCGAGCCAAUCCAGGGUUGCGGAUGAGUACCGUUGAAUUCCCGACAGAUUCUGUGGUAUUGAUAUACUCCUCCAGCAGCCAGGUCGCCGUCACAUACCGCUUCGGGAACGACUCCAUAAACUCAAGUGUUGUCUCUCUUCAAGACCCUUCAAUCUUUCAGUUGCCACGGCUGCUCAAGGAGCGAAUGAAAGCUGUCAGCGACGUGGUCCUAUACCCAGUCAAUUUCUCUGCCCAAAACCAGACUUCCAACGCUGUUGACUAUGGUCUCGUCAAGCUCAUCGCCUGCACCAACGAAGGGGAAAUAAUCGAAGCGAUCUACAAGUAUGGUUUACCACAAUUUGGCCAUGCUGCAGAACUGAUUGGAGGUCUUCCAGCCUUGGCGUCCCGUCGAAGGUCUACUAGUACACAAAGAAGGUCCAAACACGGUACAACGGGUGAUCUGGAUGAUUUCGUUGUUUCUGAUGUCACAGAAGCCAGUGCGGUCCCUCUGCCUGCCAAAACUGCGCAGGGCACUGCAAGUGACCUCGGUCCCUUUUCAUUACAUUUUCGGAAUUGGCAACGUCUUUCAGAUCAUCUGGCGGUCAAGGACAGCAAGAGUCGAGAUGUACCAUUUGGAACCUGUCUGCGGCAGGCUGUCGAACUAUUCGAACGUGUGCAGGGUCGUGAUGACACAACAUCUGUUCGCCUCAUCGCCGACCUCGUCGACAGUUUUCAUAUUCUGGAUGUGGAAGAAGACUCUCAACGUGUGGAGAGCUGGGUUGACAUGCUUUUGCUGCAUAACAACGUAGCCACCGAGUUUGUGGCAUUUCCUGCCCAUUCAAAUGAAUCGCGAGGUCACUUGAUGAGUGUCUACAACAACUUGGUCAAUACCUACGUCGAGUCACUGCCAGAACAAACCACAGCUCGUAAUCGGGUGAACCGUGAGAGGUUUGUGCGCCAAAUUGUCGCUCCAACAGUCUUUGGAACCUUCAUGCUGAAGACUAGACCGUCUGUCAAACUUGUAGAGUCUCCACAGCCUAGAUCGGCAUCGAUUCCUCAUUCAGCACUCCCGUCUCUGUCGGCAGGGUUCGACGCGGACGAUCAACAGCAGUUACAGACCUUGGGGAUUGAGAGUUCUGUAUCCAACGAAGAGCCAGCAGUUGCACGGCUACGGCAAUAUACCACUUUCGCACAGCAGGUGCCUCCACUAUUACUCGACCGCAACCCUGGCCUCUCAGCAGUAUUGGAACAUCUUCCUGUGUCGAUUGAAGAAGACCCUGCCGACUACUCUUACCAACAGACGAAUCAAAAACUCAAACUCGUACAGGAACAACUUGCAGCCGAAUCGCUAGACCCGAAGCAGAGGAACAAAGCACUUAAAUCUGCGGUUCGAUUGCGCCGGAAGCUGGAAAAGAAUCUUCUGAUGAGUCAAGAAGUAAUGCUGCAAAGGACAUUGGUGCCUAGCAUUCGUACUGGGACAGCGUUGUCUAACCUACCGGCCAGAGAAGUGCAAAGCAGUCAAGCUGCUGCCCCCGGCUUGGGUAAUCUCGCAAGUCAAGAAGCGAACGCAUCGACAGGUUUGACCAUGACACAGCCUGAGAGAGGAGCCUUUGGCACGAGGCAGGCAGCGAAGAAAGGCAAGAAGAGGCGUGCCGGCUUUUAG